GAGUCGAGUUUAAGGCAAAGAAAACCAUGCAACUGUACAAAAUCACAGUGCUUGAAACUUUACUGUGAAUGUUUUGCAAAUGGUGAGUUCUGUAAAGAUUGCAAUUGCUGCAAUUGCGCGAACAACUUGCAGCACGAAGAAGAGAGAACCAGGGCCGUUAAGUCGUGCAUCGAGAGGAACCCACAUGCUUUUCAUCCAAAGAUUGUAAAGGGUGGGGUGGCAAGACACCACAACAAGGGUUGUAACUGUAAGAGAUCUGGCUGCCUCAAGAACUACUGCGAGUGCUACGAGGCUAAAAUUCUCUGCUCAAAAAUGUGUCGAUGUGUAGGCUGUCGAAACUUUGAAGAGAGUUCAGACAGGCAGAAGCUAAUGCAGCUUGCUGAUGCUGCUGAGGUCAGAGUUCAACAGCAGACAGCUGCUGAGAAUAAGCUAUCCAUGCAGAUAUUGGGCAACACCCCUGUCAAACACCAAACCCUUUCCAUAAAUGGGCAGAGGCCUCCAUUCACAUUUGUGACACUGGACGUGAUAGAAGCAGUGAGCUCGUGUUUGAUAGCAGAGGCAGACGACAACCAACUCUCAGAAGUCAUGCAAGAACGACAAGUUCUCGAAGAAUUUGGAAGAUGUCUCUUCCAAAUUAUUGAAAUGGCCUCAAAAACACGAGGUUUGUUAUUUUAA